UGAAACACUGCUGUAGCUACAUCAAGAAAACAGGUGAAGAUGGAGAGAAGAAGUUGGGCAUGGCAUCUCUGGAUUGACAACUGAGAAACAAUUACCUUAAAAGUGGUUCCACAUGGAGGACGGAUAUAGAAAUGACUGCUGGAGAAUCACCUGAUCACCUCAGCAUAUGAUCUAGGAAAGAAUGGAUUCCACUAUUGCCAGUGAUGUGAAUGGAUUCAAGACGCCCUGCAAACCAGACAGGGUUAAGAGCCAUCUCUCUGGUAGCACUGCCAGUCCUAGAACUCCCAUAACCAUCCCUGCCUCCCCUUUCAUGAAGAAACUGGGAUGUGGAACUGGGGUGAAUGUGUAUCUCAUGAACAGAGUUGGUAAACUGAACCUGUCUCCAUGGGCUGUCAAAAAGAUCAACAACAAAUGUGCCUCAAAGCAGGUGGGUGUCUACCAGAGACGACUCUGUGACGAGGCAAAUAUCCUGAAAGGCCUGCAGCACCCAAACAUUGUUGGAUUCCGUGCCUUCACCACUGCCAAUGAUGGCUCUAAGUGCCUGGCCAUGGAGUAUGGUGGGGAGAAGUCCCUAAAUGACCUGAUAGAGUGGCGAAGAGAGGAGGGCCUGAAGGCUUAUCCAGCUGCCACCAUUGAGAAAGUGGCCUUGCAUGUGGCGCGUGGCCUACAGGUGCUUCAUGUUAUUCCAUCUUUUAAUUACCUUCACAACGAGAAGAAGCUAUUACAUGGCGACAUGAAGUCUUGCAAUGUUGUCAUCAAGGGUGACUUUGAGACUGUCAAAAUCUGCGAUGUGGGAGUCUCCUUGCAGUUGGAUGAGAAUAUGAAAGUGAGUAAUCCCAAAGCAGAGUACGUUGGCACUGAGCCGUGGAAGCCCAAGGAGGCUCUGGAAGAGGGAGGCGUGAUCACGGACAAGGCAGACAUCUUUGCCUACGGACUGACCCUGUGGGAGAUGAUGACUCUGGCCAUGCCUCACUUGGAGAUUGAGAACAGUGAGGAGGAUGUCUCAAUGGAUGAGGAUGACUUUGAUGAGGAUGCCUACUAUGAGAGGUUGGGCACCCGACCGGCGCUGGACUCUGAGAGUCUUGGGGGAGCCUACCAGAGAAUGGUGGAGCUCUUCUGGCUCUGCACGGAGGAGAAUCCACAGAAACGCCCGGCGGCUGUCCAAAUAGUUCAGGUUCUGGAGUCCAACAUGCAGGCGGACAACGUCAUUGUCAUAGACUGAUCAGUUAGACUAGUCUCAUCUCAUUCAAACCAUACUGUAAUGUUGACUAGUCCUGUUUUCAUAUCCAGAAACCUUUCCUGUUUGUCUUAACUUGUAUGUAUGCAAUGUACGGUACUCUUAGGUGAAUUGUAGUAAACAAAAUGUCUCAGUAAAUUGAUAAACAAUUUAAAGAAGCUGCUUUUCUAAAGACUAAUACUUCAGCAUUUUAGUAGUGUCAUGUGUAGCCAUGUGUUCAUGUCAAAUUGAUGUGGGCAUAUAUUGUGCAGCACAAUCUGAAACUAAACAUGUAAUGUAAAAUAGAGGAAGGAAUUCUCAGCUGAAGCAGUCAGAUUGUUAAUGAUCAUGCAAUUAAAUGAAUAUGCUUA